GCCUGUGCGGGGCUCUCUGUAAUUCAAUUUUCUCUUCGAUUCCGGGCAUUUCCUUGUCGUCGCCCUCUUCACCUUGGAUCAUGUUCAAGAAAUUUGAUGAAAAAGAAAAUGUGUCCAACUGCAUCCAGUUGAAAACUUCCGUUAUUAAGGGUAUUAAGAACCAGUUGAUAGAGCAAUUUCCUGGUAUCGAUCCGUGGCUGAAUCAAAUCAUGCCUAAGAAGGAUCCGGUCAAAAUAGUGCGAUGCCACGAACACAUAGAAAUCCUCACGGUAAACGGGGAGUUACUAUUUUUUAGACAAAGAGAAGGGCCUUUUUAUCCAACGCUAAGGCUGCUUCACAAAUACCCUUUCAUCCUGCCCCGCCAGCAGGUUGAUAAAGGAGCCAUCAAGUUUGUGCUCAGUGGAGCCAAUAUCAUGUGUCCGGGCCUGACAUCUCCCGGAGCUAAGCUCUACCCCGCCGCGGUGGACACGGUGGUCGCAAUCAUGGCAGAAGGAAAACAGCACGCCCUGUGUGUGGGAGUCAUGAAGAUGUCUGCAGAGGAAAUCGAGAAAGUCAACAAAGGAAUCGGGAUCGAAAAUAUCCAUUAUUUAAAUGACGGGCUGUGGCACAUGAAGACGUAUAAAUGAGCCUCAGAAGAAAUGCGCCUGCGCUAAACAUGGACCUCGUGCAGUGUCUGUGUGUGGCGGCAUGAAGAUGGCACCUCUGUGGAUAGCAAUUCAGCAGACGCUAAAAACCGGAAAUAGACGAAGUAAAGCUUUGGAAC